CAGAGACCGGCUUAAAGUGACGACAUCCGGUUUUAAUACACUUUCCCUGAUCAUACAGUUUUCCUACCGACAAUUGCUUUUGAGUUGUCCGUUAGAGAAACAUCAGCAUGUCAGAUUCUUCUGAGGAAUAUAACGACUCGCCAGAGAUGGACCGAAACCCCUCGCCGCCCCCUGAAAACGAGGAAGAAGGAGAGAGUGAGGCGGCGGACGCCAUCGGAGGGACAGUGUAUAGUAAACAUUGGCUAUUCAGCACACUGACCCGACUAGUGCAGGCAAUAACAGAGCAAAAUUCAGGUGAAGGCCUGACUGAGCUGUCAGAAGAGCAGGAAGAUGAACUGUGUAAAGUCUGGGACAUGGCCAUGGACCAGAAUGUUGCCGGAUUCCUUCAGGAGUUUAAAGCUCCUGACAUCCUAUUGGGCGUGAUCGCCAAAUCAAGAUGCCCACGGCUCACAGAGAUAUGUGUGGGCAUUCUUGGCAAUAUGGCCUGUUUCCAUGACACCUGUUUGGAUCUCAGUCAGAAUGAAGAUCUGGGAGCAGUACUUUUGCUUCUCCUUGGAGAUGCAGAUCCACCCACUUUGUUGGAGACAUGCAGGCUUCUGCUGACCUGCAUGUCCCAGGCCGAUGCGUCCUUCCUGUGGCUGGAGAGGAUGAACCAGCAGCCGUCUGUCUGCCCCAGCCUCUGCUUCAUCAUGAGCAGCUCCACCAACGUGGAUCUCUUGGUGAAGGUAGGGGAGUUGGUGGAUAAGCUCUUUGAUGAGGACGAGGAGUUGAUGAGGAGCUGGGUGUCGGGAUGUUGCCGUGGUGAUCAGAACGAGGACGACUGUAACGGGGAUGAGCCCAGGCCAGACGUGACAACCUCUCUGCUGGAGGCUGCCAAGCAGCUUAGGUCAGAGAGCACUGAGGGCCUAGAAGUGUACCUGCAUGCCAUCCAGCUCCUCACUACAAUAGAUGAGGGCAUACAGGCCAUGGUGUGUGAGGAGGGCCCCGGCGCUGCUGUGUGGGCGUUCCUGUGUGUGGUGGUGUGUGAGGACCUAUGCCAGCCAGACGACCUCGCCCUCAGCCUACAGGAGCAGAAGGCCCUGUUAGGCCCCGCCCUUGCCGUGCUCUCCGCUCUCUACGCAUGCCAGGGCCAGCACUUCAAAGCAGACAUCAAUCUGAAUUUGCUGGGCAGUGCCCUGCGUGUGUUGCAGUACCACAGAGAGAACCAGCUCAGCCACAGAGCUGAAGAGCGCCCUGGGCACCGACCGAGAGGAGAUGGAGAGAGCGGUGAAGAGGAAGACGUGCAGCUGACAGCCCUGGUGGAGUGCACAUGUGAACUACUGGCCAACAUCCUUGUUGAGAUGUCUAGAGAUGAAGUGUCUGAGUUAAUAAAGAGCCGUUGGCUUACUGAGAAAAACUGCUUGUCUGCAGCCAAAGCCCUACUCCCACAACAUACAGCUGCGAUGCAGCACCUCGUGGGUGUCCUGUCUGACGUGGAGCCCAAACUGGCAGACUGUGUGAGAAAGGAGUUUCCCUCCUUGUCGGCUCAGAGUUGAGGCCUAAGCCAAACCAGGCCCAUCCAAGAUGCCCCCAUCCCCAACACACACAUUCAUUCAUACACACCUUUCAGCUCCUGGAGAAAUUGUAAAUUCUGGUCAAUCAGGCACAGUUUGCAGUGUCUCAGUAUUUUUCUCCCUGUCGUCCAUUAAUUCACUCAUUCAUAGACUGCAUAGGACUGGCCAGCAAGUUGGUAUCUACGGACUGGAUUUUGCAUGUGUCUGUCUCUGAAUUUGUAUCUUUUCUAGAGGACAAAAAUAUUGGUAUAAAUAAAUGUAUUUUCCUUUUUGUA